GUUUGUUUCCACACGUGUUCGACUCUCUUAAAAACAGACAGAGUUUUUUCAGAGUGGUCUGUUGGUGUGAAAGUGAGCAGCAGACAUGUUCACCUCAUCUUAAACAGACUCAGGGUCAGUUUGGACCUUAUUUUUGGGGAUGAUCUGUGAUCACAGACGAUGGUUUUUCGGAAGUCACUUUGUGUCCACGCGGUGAUUUCCACUCCAGAGUCCUGUCUGUUUUUCAGCUGUUAGCUCACGCAGUCUCUCACUGAGUCCUGACCCUCUUCUUUCUGAGAGACUCCGCCUCUGUCUUAGACCCGGUCAUGUGACUGACCUGUUCGACGUUCCUCCAGAUGUGUUUUUUUUUUAAUAUUCCUCUUUUUUUAUCGUCCCUGUGGCAGCUUUUUGGACAUAUUAUCGGUUCGAGUUUAUAAAUAAGGAGAUUUUUUUAUUUGUAUUAUUUUAAAUUCAUCAGGUAGAAACAUAUAAAAUAAAUCACAUUUACACAUUUAUGACCAACAUGUCCAGUCAGAACAACAUCUUCUCCAGCCUGUUACUCUCCCUCUGAUUUUAGUAAAGUAAGAACAUUUGAACUAAAGACGUCACAUUUACCCAAUUUCCACAAGAUCUACAUAUACGAGGUUUCAGUUGUCCAAGUACUUUAAUACUACUGUAAUAGUCUGGUUUUGUCUCCUCGUGAGAACCUUGACCCGGUUCCUGUAGUCCAUUCAUUGUCUCCUUUUACACUGAAGUCCAGGAGAGAUUUACAAACCUGAUUCUUGAUGUUUGAUGGUUUUGACUGAAAAGUCUGAACUCUCUCCAAACAUGUGAGAUCCCAAUAAUCAGGGUUCUCUGAAGGAUAUUCAGGGUUCUUUAGUGAAGAGGAAGAUUCCCUGAUGACUCAUGAUGAUUAAUAAUUAUUAUUUAUUAUUAUAAUUAUUAUGAUUUUAGAUCCCUCUCUCUCUCUCUCUGUGGAAUAUUAAUCACAGUCAAAAAUAACCCUGACACCAACAAACCUGAUAAAGUGAUGUUCUCUGAUUUACAGCAUGUCCUUUACAUGGACCUUCUGCGCAUGUGUGUCGAGUUUUAAUUAGAUUUGAUUCAAUUUAAGGUUGACUGACAGCAGGGGGCGGGGCGUUUCAACGUCACACUCCAGCCGGAAAUAAAAGUGAAGUAAACACAGCUGGAGCGCAGUCACGAGCAUAGAUAUAGAUAUAUGAACGCUAGAUGACUCACGCACGCUGUUAGCCAAUGGAGACCGACCUCUGCGUAUGGCGGCCAUCUUACUAAGGUCAGCUGCUCUCUCCUACCAUUCAAGUCUACAGGUCAUGUAACAUUUAAAUAACUAUAGAUUGAUUAAUUUAAAUAAACAUAGAUUGAUUAAUUUUACAUCGAUUUUUAAACAGUUUGUUUUGUAACAAACCUCAGAGUUUUAGUUAUGUUCCUGUAUACUCAAGAAUAAUUUUAACCAUGGAUUUACAUAAAUAAACAUUAAACAGAUAGACAGAACAAUAGUUAUAGACCUACACACACAAGGCAGUUAUAUUAAAUCAUUUAUAUAUAAAACAUUUAAUCAUUCAGUGUCUGUUACAUCAGUAAUAUUUCUAUUAUAGGGAUAACUAUAAUAACAAUAACAUAUAUAGAUAUUUAUUUUAAGAGUAUUUUUGAUCAUGUAGAUUCCUCACCUCCCGUCAACUACCAUAUAGAGGACCAGAAUGGUAUACUGGAGUAAGAUGGCCGCCGUGACUCCGCCUCUCAGAGUCAUCUAGCCUUUCUUGUUUAUGUUAAACAGAACUGGAGCAGAGUCUCGAUCCUCACAGCCAACCUGGAGUUCCUCAAACACACGGACGGGUGAGUAAAACAGGGUCGUGGUGGUGAGAUCUAGAAUCUGAGAUCUAGAAUCUGAGCUGUCCUCCUGUCCUCUCAGGAGUCAAGAGGAGAAAAAAGGUUCAAAUAUGAAACUAAAUUAAAGUUAAAAAUGUGUCAGACAGGCUGAGGACUCCUCCAUUCUCAGGUUUACAAACAUUUAUAAAGUGAGAGUUUAAAGGUCUGUAACUUUUUAAUCCAGGGAAACAGUCAGGAGUUAAUCCGAGUUUAAUCUCUGAGAAAUAAUCCAACAAACAAGUUUAGAAAUCAGGUUUAAGGGACCAGAGGAGAUCUGGAGACUCCGUUUUUAUAAAAGAAGUUAGAGUUACAGGAAAUAAAGUUUAAAAAUCCACUAAAUUAAAGUUGAUUUAAUUCAUUAAUUCUACAUCAAACUGAAGUUGAACUGAUGUUGUUCUUGUGUUGGAGACAGACUCCUGUUUCCGGGUUCUUCUGACAUGACACGACGCUGUGUUUACCGUAGACAUCUAUGAGAAAGGCGUCUAUACACAGACAUCUAUGGUGUUUAUUCAUAUACAGUAUAUCUAUGUUUUUUUUUUUUUUAACCGUCAAAUCUGUUACAGAAACAGCCGGAGGAUUUCUCAGUGAUCCUUUUAAAGAGGAGUCUCAGGAGAGAAAACAGAGGAGAGGAAACAGAGGAGAGGAAACAGAGGGGAGAAAAACAGAGGAGUGGUUCAGAGUCUCUUCACAGGAAACGAAAGUGAAAGUCCUGAGCUGACGGACUGGACCGAGUCAGAAACAGAAGAACCACCAUCAGGAAUUCACCCUAAACACGUCUGAGUGUCAUCUACACACACGGUGAGUCUGUCAGUGUGAGAAUAGGGGAGACUGGGGUAAGUUGAACCACCCCCACCUGCUGCUUGUAAAUGUUCAAAGAAAUUGAUCAUGUGACCAAACCUUACGGAGGUGGUCGUCAGUUCAUGGAGUCAGUGAAGGUUCGAAGCUCAUGGAUGAAGAAGAGGUUCGACAGUUAAAGUGAGUUUAGUCUUUAGUCGUCAGUUUGAUUAGAAAUAAAAAUCAUUUUAAAUGAGUUUUAUCAUCAGCUGUGGUUUCUCUGAGCUCCAACAGGAGGUCAGAAAUAUUAAAGUCCACCAUUUAAUCUCAGAGGACUAAUAAAGUCCUCAUAGUAGUUCAGGGGGAACAGAGGAGUUUACCUUCAGACUGUUGAAAUGUUCAUAAAUACAGAUCUGUGGAUGUUCUCAGUCACUCACUGACAGUUUCUCAGGUGACCCUUUAGCGCUCCUGUUACCUGGACGAUCGAAGAAAAGUCAAAACUUUAAAAUAAUAAAACCAGAGACUGAACAGCAGCUCAGUAAGAUCUUCACCUCGGUCUACAGACUGAAUUUUACUCUCUUAAAUCACUGCAGUGUGGUGUGAUGACCACACGAUGGCAGCAAACACAGGUGAACAGUUCCAUCUGAACCUGUCAGGUGUUUUCAUUAGAUGGUGAUUAUUAAUGAAUAAACACCUUUUAUGUUGGAAGUUGGACAGACGUUAAAAUAUCUCCGUUUAUAUGAAGGAGAACAUCAGAUCUGUCCGUUUCAUUUUUUUAACCCUUCAGCUUUAAAAAGUUUUUUUUUUUGGGACCAGAGAAGAAACAGGAAAUCUGUAUGGAAGCAAAUUAGUGUCAGAAUUCAAAUGAAAACAGAUGAAAACAGAAAUGCAUUUUCAGAAUCUACCUGCACGUCUGGACUCAUAAAUAAAACCAAAAAUAAAUAAACUGUAAUUUUCAGCACUGAUCAUUCGAAUGUAAAAGAAAAAUCCAUUUAAUUUUAUAAAUAUUCACCAUGAAAUAUGAACCGAAACUCUAUUUAAAAUAUCAAAUCUGAACAUUUAAAUUUAUUUAUCGUUCCAGAGUCUGAACUGAAUAAUUUAACUCAGAAAUAAAACGAAGAAUAAAUAAAACAAACUGUAUUUUUAUUUUCUUAUCUGAGCUGCACAUUUCCUAACAUCGACAGAGAAACCAAACGUGUCUUUUUCAUGUCCGCCUGUCCGAGCUGCACAGGUGUGAAUUUACUUCAAAAACUUUAUUUAAACUCGGUGACAGGACGGUUAGCAGGAGGCUCUGGAGCUCCUGACCAGCACAGUGAGACCUUUUGGGCCCCAGAGAGCGCCACCACCUGGUCAGAAUCAUGGUUCUCUGACUUUUCACAGUAUGAAGGGGGGACAGUCUGGGGGGGUGUGCCCACCCAUUGUGCAGAUUUCCCGGGACACAGAGAGCGCCACACGUGUCCACGUUAUGGACGGAGAGUUUCAGCGUUUUUAUACGGCGUAGAAUUUUAACGAUGAAAUAUUCACAUUCAUUCAGACUUUUAUUUUAGAUUUCAUGGAUGAGUGGAGGAGAGGAGGAGUGGAGGAGUGGAGGUAGAUUCAGCUGUGAGGGUUUAUGAUCUCUAAUCUUUGUCUGAUUCUCCAGAGAUGUCUGCUGCCGGCUGGAGGUUCUCUGAAGAGCAGUUUCAGUGUUCGGUCUGUCUGGAGGUCUUCACUGAUCCCGUCUCCAUACCAUGUGGUCAUAACUUCUGCAAGAGCUGCAUCAGCCGUCACUGGGACGUGAGUGUCUCCUGUCAGUGUCCUCUGUGUAAAAAGCUCUUUAACAGCAGACCGGAGGUUCAUGUCAACACCUUCAUAUCUGAGAUGGUGGCUCAGUUCAGACAGUCGGCUCUAAUGAAAGCCAGCAGCAGCAGCAGGAUCCAGAGAGGUCCAUCCUCUGGAGAAGUCCUGUGUGACGUCUGCUCUGAAACCAGACUGAAGGCCCUGAAGUCCUGCCUGGUGUGUUUGGCCUCCUACUGUCAGACUCACCUGGACCUUCAUGAAAAGAUGACGGGUCUGACGAAACACCAGCUGAUGGAUCCUGUGGAGAACCUGGAGGACAGAGUGUGUAGGAACCACGACAGACCUCUGGAGAUGUUCUGUGAGUCCGAUCAGACGUGUGUGUGCAUCAGCUGCACUGAGUUGGACCACAAGCUUCACUCCAUCGUUCCUCUGGUGGAGAAAUAUGAAGGAGAGAAAGCUGAGCUCAGAGAGACUCAGGAGGAGAUCCAGAACAUGAUGGAGGAGAGAAAACUGAAGAUCGAGGAGAUGAAGCUGUCAGUGAAGCUCAGCAGGGACGACGCAGACCAGGAGAAAGCUGACAGCGUGGAGGUCUUCAGGUCUCUGAGCCGGUCUGUGGAGAGCAGUCUGGCUCAGCUCCUGGACUUGAUUGAGGAGAAGCACAAAGAAACGGAGAGACGGGCUGAAGGCUUCAUCAGAGAGCUGGAGGAGGAGAUCUCUGAGCUGAUGAAGAGAGGCGCUGAGGUGGAGCAGCUCCUGUCCACUGAAGACCACCUCCACUUCCUCCAAAACCUGCCCUCUCUGAACCCGGCUCCACCCACCAAAGACUGGACAGAGGUCAAAGUUCACUCGUCCUAUGAGGGGACGGUGAGGACAGCUGUGAGUCAGCUGGAGGAGACGCUCAGUGAGGAGGUGAAGAAGCAGCUCGAGUCUGAGCUGAAGAAGGUCCAGCAGUUUGAGGUGGACGUCACUCUGGAUCCUGAUACAGCACAUCCUUCUCUCAUCGUGUCUAAAAACCAGAAACAAGUUCACCACGGGAAAACACAGAGUGUCCCGGAUAAUCCAGAGAGGUUUUCUCAGUCUGUCUGUGUUUUAGGACGGCAGAGUUACUCAGUAGGAAAGUUUUAUUUUGAGGUCCAGGUGAAACGGAAAUCUAAAUGGGAGUUAGGAGUGGCGCUCAGAUCCAUCAACAGGAAGGAACUAAUCAGACCAAGUGUUCAAGACGAUGUCUGGGUGUUAGUUCUAAGAAACGGAAGUGAGUACACAGCUCUUGGUGGCCGCUCUGUCCUCCUCACUCUGAGGUCCAAGCCUGAGAAGGUGGGCGUGUUUGUGGACUAUGAGGAGGGUUUGGUCUCCUUCUAUGACGCAGACACCGCCGCUCACAUCUACUCCUUCAGCGGCUGUAACUUCACCGACAGACUCCACCCCAUCUUUGGUCCCUGUAUCAAUAACUCAGGUGAUAACUCUGCUCCUCUGAUCAUCACUGCUGUGACACAAACUGAUCCGAUCAAUAACUGAUCAAUGAAGGGAGCUGUUUUAUGAUGGGUCUUCACACUCAGUUUUCAUUGGUUUGAGAUUCAGUGACCUGAAGUGGAGAAAGGUGUCUGUUGUCUACGGAAAAACAGCCAGACUAGGGCUGCACGAUAUGUCCUUAGAGUGUCGUCAUGGCGAUGUACGUGUGCGCGACAGUCACAUGUCAGAGCCUUCGAUGUCGGAGGCGAAUGAACUCAUCUAAUGCAUUUCUCUGCACUCUCUAUUUUCUUAAAGAAAAUAUUCCUGUUUUAGAUUACUCUAAAUUUAAGUGUCAUCGGGUGGUUUUUUUUUAAUUCUUGUUUUAUUCUUGUUUUAUUUUUGUUUUAUUUUUGUUUUAUUCUUGUUUUAUUCUUGUUUUAUUUUUGUUUUAUUCUUGUUUUAUUUUUGUUUUAUUUUUGUUUUCUUCUUGUUUUAUUUUUGUUUUAUUUUUGUUUUCUUCUUGUUUUAUUUUGUUUUAUUUUUGUUUUAUUUUUGUUUGAUUCUUGUUUUAUUUUUGUUUUAGUCUCGUUUUAUUCUUGUUUUAUUUUUGUUUUAUUUUUGUUUUAUUCUUGUUUUAUUUUUGUUUUAUUUUUGUUUGAUUCUUGUUUUAUUCUUGUUUUAUUCUUGUUUUAUUUUUGUUUUAUUCUUGUUUUAUUUUUGUUUUAUUUUUGUUUUAUUCUUGUUUUAUUUUUGUUUUAUUUUUGUUUUCUUCUUGUUUUAUUCUUGUUUUAUUUUUGUUUUAUUUUGUUUUAUUUUUGUUUUAUUUUUGUUUUAUUUUUGUUUUCUUCUUGUUUUAUUUUGUUUUAUUUUUGUUUUAUUCUUGUUUUAUUCUUGUUUUAUUCUUGUUUUAUUUUUGUUUUAUUUUUGUUUUCUUUUGUUUUAUUUUGUUUUAUUUUUGUUUUAUUUUGUUUUAUUCUUGUUUUAUUUUUGUUUUAUUUUGUUUUAUUCUUGUUUUAUUUUUGUUUUAUUUUUUUUAUUCUUGUUUUUUUUGUAAUGAGCUGAAAUAAAUAAAAGUGUAAGAAAAUAAUAGUGUAUUUUGUCAUGAUUUUAUAUAAAUGCCGUUCUCUAAUUUCACACUGUUGCUAACAAAGAAGUGAUCAAACCGUCAGUUAUGGGCUGAGAGACUCUCACCUGUCCACCAGAGGGCGCACCCCACCAUAAACCAGAGCGCUCAGGUCCAAGAGGACCACCUGGACUGGUUUUCAUUUCAGUAAGAGGGACACUGGAUUAUAAUCUAUGAUGAAUAUUUAUAAUCAUUAUAGAUUAUAAUCUAUGAUGACUAUGUGUCAACACUGAUUUAUGUUAAACUGUUGGUCUCACAUUAAAAUAAAAUUAUAUAAUUUAUAUCAACAAACAUAGACUUACACACACACACACACACACACACACACACAUUUCUCAUCUGGACUCGUGUUUUACACCGAAACAGUUCAGGAUCAGGUUUAUAUGAAACAUUAAAAUAACUGACGUUUGUCUGACACCUUCAUAUUCAAGUCUUUUUGUGGUUAAACUGAACAAAGUCACUCUCUUCUUCUUCUUCUUCUUCUUCUCCUAAAACCACACACAUGUUCUUCUAUGACAGCCUUAUGACGGAGGAGGAGCGAAACCGUCCGGAUCAUUUCACCGCCAAAAACAGAAGAAACGAAACUUGGACAGAGAUCCUUCCUGCAGCAGGAGGAGCAGAAACUCUGACUCUGAAAAUCAGUGUUUGACUUCAUCUCAUCCAGCAGGAAUAAACCACAGACACACAGGUGAGUGGACCUUUUCUAACGGACCGUUUAAACUCAGAAAAACUCUUUAUUUUUAUUCUAAAAAGGGUUAAUCCCGUCAUUAUCAGCCAAUCCGCUCAGGUUUUUAUUCUGACGUGAACAGAAUAAGUCUGUCCUCGUGCUCCUGUCUCUGAGUUAGUCCUGAGAAGAACAGGUAAACUGAGGUUUGUUACACGAACAUGACCGUAACUCCACGUUCACCCACAGUCCAGUUUAAGUUUCGAUUCCACCUUAAAUAAUAAAAAUCAGAGUUUUGACCACUAGGCGGCAGUGUUCAGAUUCUGCACAUCAGACCGGUUUUUAAGGUCGAUUUAUUCCAAACCUCCACAGUAGAUACUGACAUGUGAACUAUCAUUAUCAUGCUGGGGUCAUCAGAGAUCCUCGACUUUGGAAAGACCUUCAGAGGAGAGAAGACGGACAGCAGAGACAGACGCUUCAGUUUAGAAACUCACUUUUACAGACUUGAUGUUUUUUAACUCAACUUUAUUUAUAUGGAACUUUACAGACAAAAAAUGUCGUUCAGAGUUCCUCACAGAGGCUAAAAACAACAAUAACGACAAUAAACCAACCCUCACACACACACACGCACACACACACACACACACACACACACAUACACACGCACACAGUGUAAGAAUUUUAGAUAUAUAGUUAAAGAGACAUUAGAGAGGAAAGAGCGACCUUUAGGAAACAUGGAGAUAAAAGAUUAAAAAUAAAAUGGUAAAAAGGAAGAGUAAAACCUGAUGGACUAAAACAAUAAAAUAAAAUAAAAUAAAAUAAAUUAAUUAAUUAAAAAUAGUAAAAAUGAAGAGUAAAACCUGAUGGACUAAAAUAAUAAAAUAAAAUAAAAUAAAAUAAAUAAAUUAAUUAAAAAUAGUAAAAAUGAAGAGUAAAACCUGAUGGACUAAAACAAUAAAAUAAAAUAAAAUAAAAUAAAUAAAUAAAUUAAAAAUAGUAAAAAUGAAGAGUAAAACCUGAUGGACUAAAAUAAUAAAAUAAUAUUAAAUGAACAGAUAAGUAAGAGAGCUUUAUCAUGUAAAACAGGUAAAAGAAGUAAAAACCUCUAAGAUGGGAACUAAAAAAGACUAAGAACAGAGAUAAUUAAUAAAAUGAUGUUAAAUAAACUUUAAGAACUUUGAUUAAAAUGAAUAUUUGUAAUAAGAGAAAUAUAAAAAGGUAGUUAGAGAAAAGUCCUGGUUAAAGAAGUGAGUCUGGAGCCUCUUCUUAAAAACAUCAACAGUCUCUGUAGCCCUGAGUUUUUUAAGUGUCGAGUGUUUUUUAAGAUCUUCUAAUUUAGUUAAAAACAUUUUCUGAAUUUAUAAAUAAUAAUAAUAAUAAUAAUAAAUAAUAAUAAUAAUAACUUAGUUUUAUAUAGCGCCUUUCAAGUAACCCAAGGUCGCUUUACAAAAGGAGAUGGGGACAGAGGAGAGAGGAGGGGAGGCGGUAGAAGUGGGGAUGGGGGCGGGGUGGUUAACUUAACAUGAAGACAGCGCCUGUGUGUGAAUACGUGAGACUCCUUAAAUCUGACGCCGUGACCUGAAGACAAAUGUUGACGCGUGUCGCUGCUGUUUCCAUCUCUGCAUGUUCUCACUGCUGACAAACGUCGCUCUGUUGUCGUCUUUCUCAGUAAAAUGACGUAAAAUGACGAACCAACCACCGAGUCUUUUUCCCUCUAAGUCUGUGUUCCUGUUCGUGUAGACCGGCGCUCGUGAGACCGUUUCUAACACACCUGGAAGAGAGAAAUCGUUCAGAUAAAAUGUAAAUGAUGUCGAUGGAUCGAACCAUUUGGACCCGCCUCUCAACAAGAACCGGUUCUGGAUUCCCGUCUCUGCUGCGUCUUUAAACAGAAAAUCGCCUCGUUGACCUUUAACUACAGCGAUCAUUAAAAUCAGUUUGAGGCUUAUCAGUUCAGAAGUUGAUUGAUUUGUCUUUUGUUUUCCAGGAUGUCCUCAGUCUGCAGCCUCCUCUCUGAAGAGCAGUUUCAGUGUUCGGUCUGUCUGGAGGUCUUCACUGAUCCCGUCUCCAUACCAUGUGGUCAUAACUUCUGCAAGAGCUGCAUCAGCCGUCACUGGGACGUGAGUGUCUCCUGUCAGUGUCCUCUGUGUAAAAAGCUCUUUAACAGCAGACCGGAGGUUCAUGUCAACACCUUCAUAUCUGAGAUGGUGGCUCAGUUCAGACAGUCGGCUCUAAUGAAAGCCAGCAGCAGCAGCAGGAUCCAGAGAGGUCCAUCCUCUGGAGAAGUCCUGUGUGACGUCUGCUCUGAAACCAGACUGAAGGCCCUGAAGUCCUGCCUGGUGUGUUUGGCCUCCUACUGUCAGACUCACCUGGACCUUCAUGAAAAGAUGACGGGUCUGAAGAAGCACCAGCUGAUGGAUCCUGUGGAGAACCUGGAGGACAGAGUGUGUAGGAACCACGACAGACCUCUGGAGAUGUUCUGUAGGUCCGAUCAGACGUGUGUGUGUCAGUUCUGUGUGGAGUCCAAACACAGCACCCACGUCUUGGUUCCGCUCAGAGACGAGUACGGGGUGAAGAAAGGAGACCUGGAGAAGGUAGACGCUGAAAUCCUGCAGCAGAUCCAGGAGAGACGUCUGAAGAUAGAGAAGAUCCAACAGGCGGUGAAGCUCAGCAGAGUAGACGCGGACUGGGAGACUGCGGCGAGCGUGGAGGUCUUCAGGUCUCUGAGCCGGUCUGUGGAGAGCAGUCUGGCUCAGCUCCUGGACUUGAUUGAGGAGAAGCACAAAGACACGGAGAGACGGGCUGAAGGCUUCAUCAGAGAGCUGGAGGAGGAGAUCUCUGAGCUGAUGAAGAGAGGCGCUGAGGUGGAGCAGCUCCUGUCCACUGAAGACCACCUCCACUUCCUCCAAAACCUGCCCUCUCUGAACCCGGCUCCACCCACCAAAGACUGGACAGAGGUCAAAGUUCACUCGUCCUAUGAGGGGACGGUGAGGACAGCUGUGAGUCAGCUGGAGGAGACGCUCAGUGAGGAGGUGAAGAAGAUGUGUGCUGAUGUUGCUCUGAAGAAGGUCCAGCAGUACGCUGUAGAUGUCACUCUGGACCCGGACUCUGCCAGUCCCUUCCUGGUCCUGUCCCCCGAUGGGAAACAAGUCCAGUCUGUGGAGACUCAGAUGAAAGUCCUGGACAACCCUCAGAGGUUCUCCGUUUGUAACGCCGUUUUAGGAAAGCGGAGCUUCUCCUCUGGACGGAUUUACUUCGCUGUUCAGGUCGGUGAGAAGACGGACUGGGAUCUGGGCGUGGCCUCCGAAUCCGUGGUCAGGAAAGGAAAGAUCCGGUUGUCCCCGAAGAACGGGUUCUGGACCGUGUGGUUAAGAAACGGAAGAGAGUACAAAGCUCUCGCUGGUCCUGGUGUCCUCCUCACCCUGAAGUCCAGGCUCCGGACAGUGGGCGUGUUUGUGGACUACGAGGAGGGUUUGGUCUCCUUCUAUGACGCUGACACCGCCGCCCACAUCUACUCCUUCAGCGGCUGUUACUUCACCCACAGACUCCACCCAUACUUCAGUCCCUGCGGCGUUGGAGGUGGCGUUAACGCUGCUCCUCUGGUCAUUGGUCCUCUGAGCGUGUAAAGAAUCAUCUGAUGAAGAUCCAGUCCAGUCAAAUCCAGUCCAGGUUUAUUCAGCUCAUUUAAAAACAACAAAGAAACGAUAAAAACAGAGAAUUAACGGAGAGACAGGAACCCGUUAAAAACAGGAGGACAGAGACGUUCAGGAUCAAAGUUCUCAGGAGUAAAAGUUUGUUUAUAAAAAACAGGAAGUGAGGGAGACAGACGGACAUGAUGAGGAGGAGCGUUCAGAGCUUCGGCGCCAAGAUGGACCCCUGAACUUUAACCUUGACCUCGGGACAGUCAGAAGGUCAGAGGGUCUGAGAGUCCCAGAUGAAAUAAAAGGUUUUAAAGAUUUACUAACAACAUUUUAAAAUCAAUCCUAAAACUCACAGGAAGUCAGUGAAGAGAGGCGAAAAUCGGGGAAAUGUGGUCGUAUUUACGGCGAGCAGAUAAAACAGGAGGAGGAGGAGGAGCUGUAAACGAUGAAGAGGUUUGACUGACACCAAAAUAAAGAGGAUUAAAAUAAUCAAGACGAGCCGUGAUCAAAGUACAACCUUCUUAAAAUCACUGAAAGAUCAUCUGACGUCGUCGAAAAAUGAAGCGUGAGCGACUGAAACCCUGACAGGCGGCGGCAGACUCAUGUGACCGUCUCCAACAUAUUCUUCCACUUCAUCCUGGUCCGGGUCGCGGAGGCAGCAUCUUCAGGAGGGAAGUCCAGACGGCCCUCACCCCGGACACUCCCACCAGCUCCUCCUUUGGGGGGAUUCCCAGGAGAGAGAUAUAAUCCCUCCACCUGGUCCUGGACCGACCACGAGGUCUCCUCCUGGUGGGACAUGUCUGGAACACCUCUAACGGGAGGCGUCCAGAAGGCGUCCUAACACCUCAGCUGACUCCUCUGGACGUGGAGGAGCAGCGGUUCUCCUCUGAGCUCCUUACCCUAUCUCUAAGGCUGAGCCCGGACACCCUGAGGAGGAAACCCAUUUCAGCCGCUUGUAUCUGCGAUCUUGUUCUUUCGGUCAUUACCCAAAGUUCAUGACCAUAGGUGAGGAUCGGCACGUAGAUCGACCGGUAAAUCCAGAGUCUCUCCUUACAGCUCAGCUCUUUCUUCACCACCACUGAUCGGUUAAGAGUCCGCAUCACUGCUGACGCCGCUCCGAUCCGCCUGUCGAUCUCAUCAGCUUCUCUAAAUGAAACAUGAUUUCGUCCUCCUACGUUCACGGUCCAACCCUUUUCAGUCCUAUAACCGUCUCGGUCAGACAGCUGUUCUUUGUGACUUGAGUCUUUUCUUCGUCAUAUUAGAUAAUCUUGAUUCGCUCGCUGCUGUUUAUUUGAAGCAGCAAUAGUGAUGAAGUUCCUCAGCCUUUCAGCUCCACCAGGAAACAUGGUCGACAGUAUUUUAGUUUAUUUUAGUUCUCUGUUUACGUCUGACGUGUAGACUGAGAUUAAAUCAUCUGUAAAUGUCAAAUAUCUGUUUUUAAAGACUUCAACAUUUCUAACUUUAGAAAACUUUAUCUCAGAAGUUUCACAUGAGAGUUAAACUCGACCUCAGCGGAGGAGGAGGACACCAUGGUACACGGUUUUUAUCAUCUUUGAGAGUUUUUUUCUGACACCAGAUGUUUGUUUUUUUCUUUUCUCGUUGUGAUCUUUAUUUUCUAUCUUUGGGAUGUUUCUUUUAAUGUUGAAAGUUAAUUAACUUUUCUUGAUUCAUAAUCUUCACCGUUUCAGAGGGUCCUAUAAGUCAUUACAUUUGAUCUUAAUUAUGUUUAAAGAAAAUUAAAAAUGUUGUUUUCUUCA